AUGGCGGUCAUGCUGGCCGCAUUCGCCCACGUCCGGCCCGACGACGAUGACGCCCGCGGAUGGAGCACUAUCGCUGACAUUCUCAACGCAUGUCUCUCCGGAUCGGCACGGGUCGAGCCCGAUGAAGUCCAGGUUAAGUUCCUCCACAUGCGCAAGUCUUACCUGUUCGAGAAGGCCCGUCUGGCUGGCACGGCAAAGGAGGUCCAGCCUGCGCUACCAUACUUUCGCCAUAUGCACAUGGUCUUGUCCGGCGGCGAGGUCGAGAUCGAGACGCUGCUGAGCCACCACGCUUCAGUCGCCACCUUUGAUGCCGCCUGUCGUGCCGCUGAUGCCGCUGCCGCCGCUGCUGUCGCUGACGACGCAGCCGCGGCGCGGGAGGCUCCCAGCACCCCGCCGCCACGCUCCAAGCCGUCGUCACCGGCGCCAAUCAACACCCAAUCGACUCAGUCGCCUCAGCUCCUCGCCCCGCUCCCGCCACCCGCCCUUGUACCUGACACCCCACCGCGCGCAGCAGCCUCCUCUGCGGCGCCCUCGCCGUUGUUGCAUUCGCAGUCUGGUGACGAAGAUUGGUCCAUCGCGCGCAGCAUGGACUCGCGCGAGCCCGGGCGGUCGCCCGCUCACAACCACUUGGAGCUUCUUCGUGAGAUCCAGGCCAGCCAUGAGAGAGUCGUCGAGCGCAUCCUCGGGACCCAAGACUCUGUCAACCGAAUGAUCGCUGAAGAAGCUGCGCAGCGCAAGCAGUUUAUGGAGCUAAUGACUGCAUUUAUCACCGCUACCCAGGCCAGCAUGACCAAGCGAAGCCGUCGCACUCGGCGCAAGCUCAAGAAGACCGUCACCACCGCACUUGCUUCCGCGGCAGCGGCGGCGACGACGACGGCUUCUCCGGCCGCUGACACUUCAGCUGCCGCACCAGAGCCCGCAACGCCGGGCAACGACCGCGCUCGCAAGCGCAAGCGCGGGCGCAGCGCGGAAUCCAACGACACGCGCGGCCUCACCCCGUCGCCCAAGCGGGCAAAGCCACUUGCCUCGCACCUUGAAAGCGACGUCCUCGCCAGCAUCCAAAACGCCAUGGCAUCGUCGUCGUCAUCGUCGUCGUCGUCGUCGUCAGCUGACUCGGACUCGGGCUCGGACUCGGGCUCCGGAUCGGGCUCCGGAUCGGGCUCUUCGUCGUCCGACUCGUCGUCGUCCGACACGUCGUCAUCCGACACGUCGACUGCAUCAUCGUCAUCGUCGUCGUCAUCGUCGUCGUCCGACUCGUCGUCCUCGUCGUCGCCCUCGUCGUCACCCUCGUCGCCGCUGUCGGCCAACAACGAGACGGCGGCGUGCGCAGCGUCCGACAACGCAUGA